GGUCUGAUCGUCACCGCCGCUUCCUGCAUGCGGACAUAUUACCUUUAUUGUCUAUACCUGGGCAAUAACCUUUCCCACGAUGUCGUAUCGGCCCUCAUCUGGGCGACCGUGGAGAUUCAGCUGGCCAUCAUCUGCGCCUGCCUACCUUCUCUGCGUGUGGUUUACCGUUUGAUUGUGCAAACUCGACUUUCCGAUCGGGUACGACAACUCUACUACUCGCACGGGACCCGCGAUCCGCACGUCCUCACCUCAUCUAUGGCGUCAAUGACCACAGCGCCCACGGAGACGACAUGGUCGAUACAAAGUGGCAUAUUACACCAAGACUCGAGGACUCUCUCAAAACUGGAAGAAACCCCGAUUUCACACGAGCUCGGAUUGAGGGAGGUGGACAACGAUGACCGGGCACUGCAGCGGCAUUUGGGACAUGAAUGACAUUGCAUACAUCGACGAAUCCAUCACGACAUCAUGUUUCUGCACGACUAUACAGUUUGCUUUCAAGUGCGCUUAGCAAGGAAAAGAGCAGGUCUCUUUGGUCUGAGCGGAACAAAUUACUGGCUGCCUGGCUAGACGACGACUCGCAAAGGGAUUGUGCGGCCACGACUCGAAUGGAUCUUCAUGUACGGGCUGCAGCAAUACAAUAAACUGGACUCGCUCAGGUUAUCAUGGUCACUCUGUGCGAAUAGCUCGCC